AGCGAAGAGAGGCUGCUGUUGAAAAGAGUCGAAACGGAACCCAUUGUGGCGUGGACGAGGAGUGAGCCGCUGCCCGCGGAGAAGAGGAGGAGAAAAGAAAGCGACCGUCGAGCGCAGGACGGACCCCGAUGCCGCGCGCACUGACGUGGACGUCGCCGCGCGACACAGGCGGCCGUCGUGCUUUGUGAGGAGGGCGCGCGCCGUCUGCUCGGAGAAAGGUCCGGUACGUGAAGAGUUAAGACUCGGCGUCCCAACUGUUUAUCCGCGCAGCUAGCAGGCUAGCAGGCUACACAACCCACGGCGGCCGGACACGGGGAGCCCGUGUGAGUGCGCCCCGGCGGAGCGGACCUACGUCGAGAGCUAUUUUCGGUCGAGCCGCCGGCGGCGGGCGGUUUUUGAAGUUGCACCCCGUCGCUGCCGGAGCCGCAACUUCGAAGAACAACACGAAGUGAGCGCCGGAGCCUUCCGCCGGUACAGAAGUCGGGACAAGGAAUGAAGAGGUGAACCAUCUCCUCGGGCACCUGACUGAGGUUAUAUUUCAUCCUCUUUGAGCCCUUUGCUGAUCCUAGACCUUCUGGCUCGAGGUUGUACACAAACAUCGAGAAGGGAGAACAUGACUCACUGGCCUCUGCCAGAGACUGGCACGGGACAGCUGUGCCAACCUCGCCCCUGCCCGCCGCUUUAGAAGCUACCCAGGUUAGCCAUGACGGAGAGGCAUUGAGGUUUGCUCCCUGACGAUCGUCUCAAUACCUCUCCUCCUCCCUAUCCCUCAAGACCCCCCCCCCUCCCCUGCCCCUGCCCUGUCCCCAUCAUGCUGCGCUUCCUUCCUCUCAAACUUGGCCGCCUGUACCGCUGUCUGAAGCUCCUGCUGGUUGUGGGCUUGUUUGUCAUCUUGCUGAUGAACACCCACAACCUGUUCGCCUCCUUCCAGAAGAACGAGCUCACGGACAGACGCUUUAUUAACCUCAACAAGUGUCCAGCCUGCUUUGGCACCAGCUGGUGCCGCAAGUUCAUGAACGGCCAGGUCUCCUUUGAGACCUGGGGUCGCCUGCGAUUCCUCGACGUAUUCAACGUCAAGAAUGUUUACUUUGCACAGUACGGUGAGCCAAGAGAGGGCACCCGUCGCGUGGUGCUCAAACGUCUCGGCUCUAACCAGGAGCUGGCCGAGAUAGAUCAGAAAAUCUGCAAGAGGGCCACAGGCAGGCCGCGCUGCGACCUCAUCCAGGCAAUGUACAAGACUGAAUUUGCCCGGAUCAACGGCGAUGUUCGUCUGCUCACGCCAGAGGUGGUGGAGGGCUGGUCAGACUUGGUGCACUGCCCCUCCCAGAGGCUGCUGGACCGCGUGGUCCGCAGGUAUGCUGAGACCAAAGACUCAGGCAGCUUCCUGCUCAAGAACCUGAAGGACACGGAGAGAAUGCAGCUGCUCAUGACUUUGGCGUUCAACCCGGAACCACUCGUGCUACAGAGCUUUCCCUCAGACGAAGGGUGGCCAUUCGCCAAGUACCUGGGAGCAUGUGGGCGCGUGGUAGCUGUCAACUACGUGGGCGAGGAGCUGUGGAGCUUCUAUAACGCGCCCUGGGAGAAGAGGGUAGACUUGGCGCGGCAGCUGAUGGACAUCGCCGAGCAGCUCACCAACAACGACUUUGAGUUUGCCCUCUAUCUGCUCGAUGUCAGCUUUGAUAACUUCGCGGUCGGCCCACGCGAUGGAAAGGUCAUAGUAGUCGACGCCGAGAACGUCCUCGUGGCAGACAAAAGGCUGAUCAAGCAGAACAAGCCGGAGAGCUACGACGUGUGGUACGAGAGCCGCUUCGAGGAGUGCGACCGCGAGGCCUGCCUGUCGUUCUCGAAGGACUCCCUGUGCUCCCGGGUCACCGUGGACCACAACUACUACGCCGUCUGCCAGAACCUGCUGUCUCGGUACGCUACGUGGCGGGGCACCACCGGGGGCCUCCUCCACGACCCGCCCGCCCACAUAGCCAAAGAUGGACAACUCGAGGCUCUUUUGGAUGAGUGCACCAGACCCAAAAAGCGCUACGGCCGCUUCCAGGCGGCCAAGGAACUGCGCGAAUACCUCACCCAGCUAGCUGCCAGCUCCUCCGCCUCCGCUACAGCCAGAAUGGCUGCAGGGAAGGUGGAGGUAGCAUGAAUCUCCCGCUGUCAAGCAGCAGGGAAGGCCGAGCUACUGCAGGUAGAGCGGAGAGAGGGGGGUUGGGGAAUUUGCCUUUCAUGCGGUAGAAAAGGAAAAAGCCUUCACAGCAAUCGGCAACCGUACGGCAAUCAUCUUUUAUUUCCGGGUAUGUUUUCCCCCCCUUUAAUAGGAACCAGAGAGAGCGAGACAGCGGGACAUAGGAACAAGAAAGGGGGGUAAUUAUACAGCCGUGGUCCCUUGAUGCAGAUGUGCCUAUACCAAAGAGGCUAUAUGUAAUAUUAAAAACCCCCGAGCAGUACAGUGACAGCACCUUUCCCUCCAGUUUUACCCCAUUACAGCUGCCCAAAGGAACCUUCAUGUGUACACAAUCUAGUCUGAGCUGGGCAGGCCUGCAUACUGAUUUUCUCUUCAGGAAGAACCUAAGACGGAAGAUUGGCAAUACUUGAUGCCACCUAAGCCCCUUUGCUUUGUUAAUCUCCCUUAGGAUUGAUAAAUGAUGAUCCGUCGGGCCUUGACACGUUUUUCUUCAACGAGGUUUGCAAAAGCUUGACUAAAGGUAAAGGAGGGCCAAUGGAGUGUUUUUUAAAGAGGACACGAUAAAACCUCAGAGAAGUGGCUUCCUGUGCCAGCUUCUCUUUAAAUGUCUGAAAUUGAUGAAUGAAUCCUGUUGUCAAAGCUCCAUUAAGUACGUGGUAUAAAAGGGAACAAAGAAAUUCAGAUUUAUUUUCCUUGCUCCAGAACUGACUUCUGACCUGCUUUUUUAAAAAUUUAUUUUACAGGAAAUAUUCAAAUUUAUGUUGAACAUUUAAACACUCGGCACCACUUGGAGGUCGGGCUGAUUUUGCACUCAGCGGACCAACAAAUUAAAGCAUAAUCACAAAUACAGGCUCAUUUUUGUAAUGGAUUAUGAGGGAUCUUUAAAGAAGAGAAAAAAACAAACGUCGUCUCUCUCUGGCCCCAUAUGUUUCGUACGUCAUCUGUCUCGAUGUUGUGACUCCGGCUCUGAAUUCCCAGUGGAGUGUUGUGUAGCACGGUCAAUAGGCGGGCCAAUAAUCAAGUAAAUAUGAGCCGAUCCAUCGUCUAGGAACUAGGGAGGCAGAGCAGUUCCUUUUUUAACCUUUUCUGCGAGAGCAGUAGAGCUGAUGUGACCCCUCUGUCAGUUUGGAAAAAGCAAUAAAAAAGAAGUUUGGCUAAUGUAUUUCUGGUUUUGAGCUCUGUGAGAUAUCUUUCUGUUUCCCCCCCCCCCGUGUCUGGAUGGAACCUGGAGGGAUUUGUACGUGCAUAACUAACUGUUCACUUUUGUACUGUAUUUUUUUUUCUUUUGCGUAUUCUAUCAGCAUUGUCUGAUUUUUCCUGUGCCUUUCAUUCAAAAGUUGUAUUUACAACUUUUAGUUGGUUUAAAUAUUGAAAUAAAUGAAGAUAUAUAUAUAUAUAUAUAGAUAUAUAUACAAUUGAA